GAACUACUCCAAUAAUUAUAUUAUUACAAUCCCCUACCCCAUCUCUCUCUCCAUUUUUCUUCAUCUUGACAUUUUUUCUCAGUUUUCUUUUCUAAAGUCUCUUUCUCCUCUACCUGCCCAAUACUUCAGGAUAAAUUGAAAAAUAUCCUUGACUGUAUUUGAACCAAUUUCAGAUGCUGUGAUGGUUUGAUCUUGCCGUUUUUUAAUUAAUAAUACAUCUCCCCAAUUUUAGCUCCUUAAGAUUUCUUAGAGGAAUUAUAAGGAAGAAAAUAGGUGAAUUCCUUCUAUUCAUUAGGAAAGAGGGUCAAACGUAUUGAAGCAAAAACAGAAAGUUUGAAUUGGAAAGGAAAUUGUAGAGUGAUUGAUCACAUGGGUUAUCUAAACUCAGUAUUCUCACAGUCGACAAGCCAAGUCCACGUCGAUAGUGCUCCAGUCAGUGGGGGUGGCCUUAGCCAGAACGGAAAGUUUAGCUAUGGAUAUGCUAGUUCUCCAGGCAAAAGAUCUUCAAUGGAGGACUUUUACGAGACAAGAAUUGAUGGUGUUGAUGGAGAGGUGGUUGGUCUCUUCGGAGUCUUUGAUGGUCACGGUGGAGCUCGAGCUGCAGAAUAUGUCAAACAAAACCUUUUCAGCAACCUGAUAAGGCAUCCAAAAUUUAUAUCUGAUACUAAAUCAGCUAUAUCCGAUGCAUACAAUCAUACAGAUUCAGAAUUCCUGAAAUCUGAGAACAAUCAGAACAGGGAUGCUGGAUCCACUGCUUCCACAGCUAUCCUUGUUGGUGACCGCUUACUAGUGGCAAAUGUUGGAGAUUCAAGAGCUGUCAUUUGCCGGGGUGGUGAGGCCUUUGCUGUCUCUCGAGAUCACAAACCUGACCAGACAGAUGAGAGACAACGGAUUGAAGAUGCUGGUGGCUUUGUGAUGUGGGCUGGAACUUGGAGAGUCGGAGGAGUGCUUGCAGUAUCUCGUGCAUUUGGUGAUAGACUGCUGAAGCAGUAUGUGGUUGCUGACCCGGAUAUUCAGGAGGAAAAAGUUGAUGACACACUCGAGUUUCUCAUCCUUGCUAGCGACGGGCUUUGGGACGUGGUAACAAAUGAGGAAGCUGUUUCUAUGACUAAGCCGAUCCCAGAUCCCGAAGACGCAGCAAAGAGGCUGCUGCAAGAAGCUAACCAGAGAGGGAGUGGUGAUAACAUCACCAUUGUAGUUGUCCGGUUUCUGGCUGCCGAAGAGGAAUCAUCUCAUGCCGCCCAAUGAGACUGAUUUCUUCUUCGUUCGAACAUAAAAGGAAAAAGCAAUAGGAAGCUUGUGCAGCAGCACUGAACUGUAAAAUAGAUAGAGACCCAACCAGUCUUUGCUAAAACGCACUACUUAAGAAGAAGACUCUAUAAGAACCAAGAAUGUCUGUAACUUGAGUUCUAUAUAUCAUUAUAUGAAAUUUGGGAUUAUUUAUUA